AGCACCGAAGAAGGAAUUAGAGCAGGAAGUAUCUGAUAAACAACCGUUAUAAGUAGAAAAUAGUGAAGUUUUGUUGUUAUUAUUAACAGGUCACUGAAAUAGUUUCCUAAUUUGCGUGCGCUUGUUUUAAUCAGGAAGGUAGCGCAGAGAUCAAAUGAAGGACACACUGCAGCUCGUCCACAGACUGAGCGCUCACCCGGACUCACGGUGCUGGUAUGUGGCGUGGAGCCCGACGGGCGCGCUGCUGGCUUCCUGCGGAGGAGACCGAGCGAUACGGAUAUGGGGCAGAGAAGGAGACAGUUGGCAGUGUAAGUGUGUGCUGUCAGAUGGACACCAGCGAACUGUCAGGAAGAUCUCCUGGUCGCCCUGUGGGAAUUAUCUCGCAUCCGCCAGCUUUGAUGCCACCACGUGUAUCUGGAAAAAACAGGAUGACGAUUUUCAGUGUCUUACAGCAUUAGAGGGACAUGAAAAUGAAGUGAAGUGUGUCGCCUGGGCCCCAUCUGGUAAUUUGCUCGCCACCUGCAGCAGAGACAAAAGUGUCUGGAUAUGGGAAGUGGAUGAGGAGGAUGAGUACGAGUGUGUGAGUGUCGUAAAUUCUCACACGCAGGAUGUGAAACACGUAGUUUGGCAUCCCACACAAGAGCUGCUUGCUUCAGCCAGUUACGACAACAAAGUAUGUAUUUAUAAAGAAGAGGAUGAUGACUGGGAAUGUCGAGCAACCUUAGAGGGACAUGCAUCAACAGUGUGGAGUCUUUCCUUUGACCCUGAAGGACAGCGACUGGCCUCCUGUAGUGAUGACCGCACUGUAAAAAUAUGGAAGGAGUGUGGGGCAGAUGAUAAAUCUGUCAAUGAUUCGUGGAAGUGUAUUUGCACCUUGUCUGGCUUUCACAGCCGUACAGUAUACGAUGUCGCAUGGUGUCGGCUGACUGGUGCCCUGGCUACAGCUUGUGGUGAUGAUGGAGUUCGUGUUUUUAAGGAAGAAGCAGCCUCUGAUCCUGAGCAGCCUCUAUUUUAUGUAUCUGCUCAUGUGCCCAAAGCCCAUAGCCAAGAUGUUAACUGUGUGGCCUGGAAUCCGACAGAAAAAGGUUUGCUGGCCACAUGUAGUGACGAUGGGGAAAUCGCUAUCUGGAGCUACCAAUCAGAUGCUUGACAUGGAGAAGGAAUGUUCUCUGGGAGCACUGCACUGGCUUCACAAAGCGUGCCGAUUGAACAGCAGUUCAUUGCUUAUUGUUGCUUGUUGUGGAUUUGCAUUGUUGAAAUGUUAGAAUGCGUCUGUUUUAGUGCCUGCAUUUUAGGCUUAUUUUAGCGUGAUGCAGAUACAGCAAUAGCACUGUCACAUUUUUCUUCCCACAUCAUUUCAUGUGUAAUGCUUUUAUCACAUGAGGGUCAGUGAGGGUUUUUUUGUUUUGUUUUUGAAGAUUAAAGAUUAUCCCUCAGUACCGGGUUCCUUAAACAGCCAUCUUUUGCAUAAAGAACUUCCAGGAUUGAACUGAGCUAGUUGUAUUAAAGCAGGCACAAGUAUCAAGUAAUUAUGUUCUUAUGUCAUUGCAAAAACCCUCAGACAUCCAUUUGCAAAUCUUUUGACCAAUAAUCUAGCAGGUACAAAUGUUUUAUUCAAUGUUCUGUGUAAAAUUUGUAUUUACAUUGUGAUUAGAGGGUAACAUGUUUGCUGAUAAACAUUGGUGAAACUGUUGCUCAGGGAAAUGGCUUCAGCUUUACUUUGUCAAUAAAUAGCAGUAUAAACUUAA